AUAUUCUGUAGUUCGUAUUAUGUAUUUGCUCGGCAUUCGCGAGUGCAUUACAUACGAGUCGAAGAAAUCAUCACUAGAAAAAUGUCACGACAAGCAAUUAAAGCGAUAAAUUGGGCUGCUCUUGCUGAACGAAUUCCGGAAGCUGAAAAAGCUGCCUACAAUGCUUUUAAAGUUAAAUCUGAUAAAUAUUUACAGCGUAUGAUGGCUAAUCCAGAAGCUCUACCAAAAAUUGAUUGGGCAUAUUAUAAGAAAGUUGUUCUGACUCCGGGUUUAGUGGAUAAGUUUCAAAAGGAAUACGAAUCACUAUCAAUACCAUAUCCACCAGAUAAUUAUACAGCAGAGAUUGAGAAGGAAAAACAGCAAGCUGCUAAGGAUGUCGAAAAUUUUAUUCAACAGAAGAAUGAAGAAAUCGAAGAGACACGUAAAGCUAUUAGUAAGCUAGAAAGCAUGUUACCAUUCUCACAGAUGACUUUGGAGGAGUUUGUUGAUUUGAAGCCAGAUGGAAUCAUGUUGCCAGAUAGAGUCUCAACUUGGCCUCAUACUGAAGAAACGCAAGAACAUAAUAUUAAAGAUGACGACAAGGAAAGCAGUGGUCAUUGAAUUUAAUCUUAAAAUGUAUUAUAGUUUUAUUGUAAUGUUCAUCAUAUUAUAUCAUUGAACUACUAUGCUAUAUUAUUAAACUGUUCAUACAAAAAUUCAGUAAGAUUCUGAUAGUGAAAUUAAUCAAAUAUUAAAUCCAUGGAAAACAUAA